AUGGCUGUUCUGUGGCUUACCCAGUUUACGAUUGUUGCUCUUUACAUCCUUUUGAGAAUCCCGUUUGUCCUGGCAAACAAAGACUUUUGUGGAAGCGUUUCUGAAACUCAAGUCGACCAUGCCUUGGUAGGUCAUGUUAUCCAGACCACUGUUGUUGUGGACGAGUUUGAAUGCCAGUUAAAAUGUAUGGGAAGUAACAGCUGUAAGUCGAUCAAUGUUCAUCGCGGUGAAGGCAGUGGAAAACAUAGCUGUGAGUUGAAUAACAAAACACGGCAGAUGAAGCCAGGUCAUUUUAAAAAGAAGAAAGGAUCUACAUACUAUAGCUCUGUUCAGGCCUCCUGCUUGGAUGUUUCUCGCGGGCGAAAAAAAACAACUAAAAGGGGCCAGUGUCAUCCGGAAUACAAAGGAAAACAUUGUGAAACACCUGUACCUGGCUGGUCUUCCCGUCAUCCUGCUCUGUCCUGCAAGCAGAUUUUGGAAGCUGGGGACUCUAAAGGAGACAGAGAGUACUGGAUCGACCCUGAGAAAAAUGGAAGUUCUUUAAAAGUAUUUUGUGACAUGACAACUGAUGGAGGAGGCUGGCUCCUGAUCUAUAAUGUUAUUGCUGGAGGAACUGUGCCCCCGACCAGCUUGACCAUUGAAAAGACAUAUGCAGGAGUCAGUCGUUACAGCAGCAAUAGAAUGGUUCUCUCUCCUGACGGUAUGCGAGAGCUGAGAUCCCGCAUAUCUUUCACUCAGCUGAGAUUCCACUGCCGUAAACAGCAAUAUGGACGAACGUUUCAUGUCAAAACGGCCGCGAACAGCUCUGGUGAAGCUGUAGUUAGGUUUUUCGGUGGUGAUACCGACGUUUUUCCCAAAGCCUGUGGUUCAUUCGAAAAACUCAAGGGAGACAACUCAGUCCUUGCAAGUAGAUGCGCAGAAUGGGGGAGGGAAAACGGCGCGUAUCAUGUUGGAAAAUGGGGACAUCAAGGGCAAAAGGAGCUGUAUAUAUACUCAGCAUUCAUUUUUGCUCACCAUCAUUGGGUCACUUCGCCAGUCCUUGACAGAUGGGAUUGUGAUGACAGUCUAAAAGAUUUGACACGCGGCGACUUUUGGAAGAUCUAUGUCCGUUAAUUAAUGUAACGCUUUGCGACUCUUUAGUGGAAACCCCGUAACUGGCGUUGAAGGAGCAAACGUAGAUACGUUAAGAUUAGAGCAUCUUGAACUCUUAGC